AUGACACGCCGCGAGAGCAUUGCAGUGGUGGUCUUGAGCCUUAUCGACAAGAAGAAACAUGGUGUGCAGAUUGAUCCUUGUACAGCUACCAACGACUUGUGGAUGGUAUCGACAACCAGCAACCAUGAUGGCAGUGGAGGAGGUUCACGCUUUGGUAUGCAAGCAGAGAAUGAGGAAGGACUCAUCAGCACUGGUCCAUGA